CACCCUCAGCUGUUUUCAUCGCAUCGCAGUCUCAGAAGAAGAUUUCAUUCUGAUGAUAUUAGUCUAAAAUUGAUAUACAGUUUGUUAAUAAGAGCAUGCAGCCUUUCAUUUAAAGUUUUGCAGGAUAGUGGAAAGAUGAGACCUCUCAAAGACGCCCAGCUGGGUGCAUUCACCUUCUUUGCAUCAGCUCUGCCUCAUGAUGUCUGUGGGAGCAAUGGCCUUCCUCUUACCCCCAACUCUAUCAAAAUCCUGGGACGUUUCCAGAUCCUCAAGACUAUUACUCACCCUAGACUCUGCCAAUAUGUAGACAUUACAAGAGGAAAACACGAACGGCUAAUUGUUGUUGCUGAACACUAUGAAAGCAGUUUGAAUGAUUUCCAAAAACAAGGAAAAACAGCCAGCUCGGAGAAGGUCCUGCAAGUUGCCUAUGAGGUUCUUGAAGGUCUAGACUUUAUGAACAAACACGGCAUGGUGCACAGAGCCCUCAGUGCGCACAAUGUGCUCAUGGACUGCAAGGGGAAUGUCAAGCUGGCAAAAUUCGGCCUUUAUCACAUGACUGAUCAUGGAGCUGAUGUCGAUUUUCCCAUUGGGUACCCUUCAUACCUUGCUCCUGAGGUGAUCGCUCAGGGCUCCUUCCACCCCAGUGACUCCUCUCAUGAUGAAGCUCCUCUGCCCUCAGGACCAAAGACUGACGUCUGGUCGCUUGGAGUUUUGCUCUUUGAAUUGUGUGCAGGCAGACGACUGCUGCAGAAUAUUGAUAUAAGCGAGAGACUGAAAUUCAUUCUGACCUUGGGUUGCAUGGACGACAUUGUCACCGUCCUUGCCGAGGAACAUGGUUGCCUGGAUACCAUUAAGGAGCUGCCUGAGAAUGUUCUGGAGUUGUUGAGGAAAUGCUUGACCUUUCUUCCAUCCAAAAGGCCGACCCCUGCAGAGCUCUUAGGAGACCCUGUGUUCAACGGGGUCUCCUGCCUCUAUACGCCUUUCCAGAAACCUGUUAAUCUGUUCUCCUCUUCUCUUCGCUGUGCACAUCUGGAGCUCCCAGAGGACAUCAGCGACCUUUGUAAAGAUGAUGAUGAUGACUAUCUGUCAGAGCGAGCCAUAGAUGAGGUGUACCACCUGUGGUGUCUGGCUGGGGGAGACCUUGAAAAAGAGCUGACCAACAAGGAGAUCAUUCAGUCCAAACCUCCGAUCUGCACACUGCCCAAUUUUGUCCUGGAAGACGGAGAGACGUUUGGCCAGGGGAGGGAUCGAAGUUUCUUGCUUGACGACACAACAGUGACGCUGUCUCUGUGCCAGCUGAGAAAUAGACUGAAAGAUGUCGCAGGAGAAGCCUAUUACCCUCUUCUGGAAGACGAACAGUCAAAUCUGCCUCAGUCCAACAGCAGCAACGAGCUGUCGUCCACCGUCAAGCUGCCGCUCAUCAUCCGUGAGAGAGACACCGAGUACCAACUCAUCCGCAUCAUCCUCUUUGACAGGCUGCUCAAGGCCUAUCCUUACAAAAAGAACCUCGUGUGGAAAGAGGCGAGAGUAGAUAUCCCUCCUCUUGUUCGAGGACUGGCAUGGGCUGCACUGCUGGGCAUUGAGGGUGACAUUCAAGCCAAAUAUGAGAGCAUCGACAAAGACACUCCCAUUCCAACAGACAGACAGAUUGAAGUGGACAUCCCACGCUGUCACCAGUACGACGAGCUGCUGUCGUCUCCUCAGGGUCACAUCAAGUUCAGACGGGUGCUGAAAGCCUGGGUGGUCUCACACCCUGAGCUGGUCUACUGGCAGGGUCUGGAUUCCCUUUGUGCCCCUUUCCUCUAUUUGAACUUUAACAAUGAAGCCUUGGCUUAUGCCUGCAUGUCUGCCUUCAUUCCCAAAUAUUUGUACAACUUCUUCCUGAAGGACAACUCUCACGUCAUUCAAGAGUACUUGACUGUCUUCUCCCAAAUGAUCGCCUUCCAUGACCCUGAGCUCAGCAACCAUCUGAAUGAGAUUGGCUUCAUCCCAGACCUCUAUGCCAUCCCCUGGUUCCUGACUAUGUUUACACAUGUGUUUCCACUGCACAAGAUCUUUCACCUGUGGGACACGCUGCUGCUGGGUAACUCUUCGUUCCCCUUCUGUAUCGGUGUGGCCAUAUUGCAGCAGCUCAGGGACCGACUCUUGGCAAACGGCUUCAACGAGUGCAUUCUACUCUUCUCCGAUCUGCCAGAAAUCGACAUUGAACGCUGUGUUCGUGAAUCCAUUAUCUUCUUCUGCUGGACCCCAAAGGGCGCUACAUACAGACAGCAUGCUCAGCAACCAAAGGCAGCUGGUGACAACGGCUUUGUGAAAACGGCAACAUACUACUCAUCAGACUACCAGGAUAUACCAAAAACAGACCUGUCUCGGGAGCCUCUAGCUCUGUGUGACCUGAAAGCAGAAGUCUCCCCCAGGAUAUCGGCAGAGGACUUAAUCGACCUCUGUGAGCUGUCUUUGUCCGGACCCAUGAAAAGGACCAAAGCAAGCAAGCCAAAAAUCAUUGCUGUGGACAUCCGCAGUGUGGAAGACUUCAGCAGAGGCCACAUUUCCGGAAGCAUCAACAUCCCCUUCAGCUCGGUGUUCGGCACUGAUGGUGAGCUGCUGCAAUGUCCUGCAACAGGAGCCCUCCAGAACUACAGAGGACGAGUAAUCGUGGUCAUUAGCCAUGUUAUGAAGAGUGCUGCUGUGUUUGCAUCACACCUGGUGAAAGUCAAUUUCCCACGGGUUUGCAUUCUGGAUGGAGGGAUCAACAAGCUGAAGCCCACUGGACUCCUGACCGUGCCUUCCCCCCAGAUCUGAAGUCAUACCUCAGCUUCACGUGAAGAAAAGGGACAAGCAGAAAGACUGAAGAUCGCUUGAUCUGAUUUAGAUGUGGCGAACAAAACAAUUUCAUUACUGUAUAGUUGUUUUUUUUACACAAUGUAAAUAGUACUGCUGGGAAAAUUAAAUCCAUUGUGAUUUAUUAAUCAACUAAUAACCCCAACAGAGUGUUAUUUUUACAUGCUGUCACAAGAAGGUUUUAAUCUUUUUUUUAGCAACUGCCAUGUGUUGUAGCUUCAUACUGAAAGUGAGCCAUUUAAUCAAUACAAAUGUCUUGAUGUAUGUCAGCCUGUCUGGUCCGAGCCAAUCAGUUGUGAAGGAUGUGUUGUUUACUCACGCUUUAUAAGGUGUACAAGUGCAAUCUCAUGCAACCAAACAUGACUACCCUGUCUGCUUUAUGAUGUAUGUUUAGCAAAAAGAGGCAUCUGCUCUUUUAAUCAUGUCACCUUGAAAUUUAUAGGUACGAACUGAUUUAUAGUUAAACACAUUUUUUAAUCCAGCCACCUUCAGUAAUAUGUAUAAACCAGGGCUGUCAGCAUUAAUACAAUGUAAUCAGGAUGAGUGAAAGGUCCGAAAUUGAUACUUUCAUUUUUUAAAAACUGCAUUAUUUACAUGAUUUUUUGUGCAUCAUAGUUGAGCAAUCAUAGCCAGACAGAAGCUGGAUGCUCCACACCACCUGGCGUUUCUUCAGUGAAAAUUCGGGACCUGAGUGUCAGAAAAUUAGAAUCAUUUGUAUUUAUCUUAUGAAAUAUGUUUUUGUUUGGAUUGUAAAUGGAAAAAAAAAAAAAAAUUUAAAUGAAUGGGGAAAAGAGACAAGACAAACAUAUUUUACUCCAUCUACCUGAGAUAACAUUAACAUUUAUGGCAAUUCUUCAGAGAGCUUGAGGAAAUCCCUCAUUGUCAUUGGAAAAGCAGCUUUAUUACCUCACAUUUAUUACAGUAAAGAUAAAGAGAAUGAAUAUAUAUAUAUAUAGAGAGAGAGAGAGAGAGAGAGAGAACUGGUUUCAGUACUUCAUGGUCUUUUACAACCACUUUUUAAGAGGCAAACAUUCGAGACCCACUAAAAACAGUUCCACAACCCUUUUUUUUUCCCAAAGCACAAGUUGAUGUCUUUAUUCAGUUUAAAACUCACAGUGAGCUCAAUGGACACGUUAAAUGUCUGCAAUGUAAAAAAAUGAAACAUUUUACUGUGCCUCAUUUAAAUCAUUUCUUGCAUCAUAUUAAAUUUCUCCUUUGCUUUAAUUACAAAUGUUGAAUUAAAGAUGGGCAGAAAUGUUAGAGAUAUUCUAAUUUGUUAAUAUUGCAGAUCAGUAUUUUCCAAAAUUAUCUCUCUUUUCCUGAAACCUCUCUGGAAUAUAUGAGGUCUAGGUCAUGUUACAUCACAUUACCGUGCUCUGAAUCGUGCCACGCCCAAACUUGGGAGAGCAUACUCCCACUGGUUAAACGUACUGGACUUUAGGCUCAACAUGCCAAGGCACGGUACAAAUUGGCUUAUGUGAGUGUGCACUAAGUCUGUGCAGUGCUGAUUUAAAUAGUACAUUUAAAAGUCAACAUCAUUAAGUACAUCUUUUUGCUCUUGUUUGCUUCUCCAUUCAAGAUAAUGUUAAGAACUUUUGACAUAGUCUAUAUGGGCUUAAAAUUUUUUAUGAAAAACACAAUCAGAUUUCCAACAUGCAAUUAAAGCUGUGAUUAAUUGUGAUCAAUAAAACGUUUUACCCCAGGACAGCCCUAUUAUCAAAAUACUGAAAAUGAAGCAUUCCUGACUUUUGUGACAAUGUUGAACAUAGAAAACUUUGUAAAGUGCUGUCAGAGCUGGUUUUGUUUUUGUCAUUAAUUGCACCAGUGCACAAGAUAAAGUGGCUCUCAGCAUUACAUGCAAGAAACAGUAAGAGGAACAUUGAUUUGUGGACAGUGUUUUGGUGAUUUCCUAAAGCCCCUGCUAGGAAUUUUAAGCCUGUGUUGAGUUUCGCAUCUCCUGUGAUCAAAAUUGUUUAUCUUACCACUUUGCUGACUCUGUAUGUACAUAGGCAAAUACUUUUUUUUUUCUUUUUUUACAUAAAAAGACUAAUUCUGUGCUCAUUUAACAUUAAAAUAACUUAUUGUCUAUAUCUGAAUAGGGUUUUUUUUCUUCAGUGAGUUUUAAAGUACUGGGUUAAAACCUACUCUGUGGUAGCAGUUUCAGACAUAAAAAAGCUGUUAAAAAGUAAUCAUGAAAAUUGUUGCUAACUGUGUUAUUUGAUUUCAUAGUUUGUUUAGAAGCAUCAGUAUUACUUUCACAACCACUAACCAUUUAAAACCCCCAUGGUUGCUUUAAGUAUUAUUUGUUUAAAUGUCCCUAAAGUGUCUCAACUAUAGCCUCUACCAUAUUUUCCAAAAAAUUGGAAAACUAUCUAAUAAAUCUGGCUGAUCUGUGUUUUUUCUCUCUCUUCUUUUGGGUUGAAAUUCUAAACUA